CCCCGCCUCUUCCAGCGCUUCGCGUGCGGGGGCGCCGGGGACAUCAGUGUCAAGCUCUCCCACACGCCCGAGCUCGGCCGCGUCGCCUACGUGAACUUCCGACACCCCGGGGACGCCCGCGACGCCCGCCGGCACGCCCGGGCCCGGCAGCUGCUGCUCUACGACCGGCCGCUCAAGGUGGAGCCCGUGUACCUGCGCGGGGGCCGGCGCAGCCGCACGCCGCCCCCCGCGCCCUCCCCGGAGCCGCUGGGGUACCUGCCGCCCCUGCACAGCGCCUACCAGUACAAGCAGCGCUCGCUGUCGCCGGUCACCAGCCCCUUGCUGCGGGAGCCGCGGCCCCGCCACGCUGCCGCUGCCGCCUUCGCGCUGGAAGCGGCCGCCAUCGGGCUCUCCCGGGAGCGGGAGCGGGCCCUGGAUUACUACGGGCUGUACGACGAGCGCGGCCGCCCCUACAGUUACCCCAUCGUGGCCGAGGAAGACCUGAUGCCGGAGGAUGACCAGAGAGCCACCCGCAACCUCUUCAUCGGCAACCUAGACCACAACGUGUCAGAGGUGGAGCUGAGGCGCGCCUUCGAGAAGUACGGCAUCAUCGAGGAGGUGGUGAUCAAGCGCCCCGCACGUGGCCAGGGCGGCGCCUACGCCUUCCUCAAGUUCCAGAACCUGGACAUGGCUCACCGGGCCAAGGUGGCCAUGUCGGGCCGCGUGGUGGGCAGGAACCCCAUCAAAAUCGGCUACGGGAAAGCCAACCCCACCACCCGGCUGUGGGUGGGGGGCCUUGGCCCCAGCACGUCCCUGGCCGCCCUGGCCAGGGAGUUCGACCGCUUCGGCAGCAUCAGGACUAUUGACUACGUGAAGGGCGACAGCUUCGCUUACAUCCAGUACGAGAGCCUGGAUGCUGCCCAGGCCGCCUGCGCGCAGAUGAGGGGCUUUCCCUUGGGCGGCCCGGAGAGGAGGCUCCGAGUGGAUUUUGCCAAAGCAGAAGAGACCAGAUACCCGCAGCAGUACCAGCCCGCGCCGCUCCCCGUGCACUACGAGCUGCUGGCUGACGGGUACAGCCGGCACCGGAGCCUGGAGCAAGACUUGAGGGUGCGGGAUAGGACUCCUCCGCACCUCCUGUACUCGGACAGAGACAGGAGCUUUGUGGAGGCAGACUGGGCCAGCCCUGCCAAAAACGCCGAACGCAGGAACAACCUGGAGAGCUACAGCCGGUCGAUGCGCAGCCGGAGUGGGGAGCGCUGGGGCAGCGACGGCGACCGCAGCGUGCCCAAACCGUGGGAAGAGAGGCGGAGACGCCGCAGCCUUUCCAGUGACCGCGGGAGGACUACUCACUCGCCUUACGAGGACAGAAGCAGGACAAAGGCCAGUGGGCCAGCUCUAGACCGCAGCCCUGACAGGGCUCGCAAGGAGAAUCACACUACAGAACCCGGAGCCGAGAAAGAGCAGAGCAACUCCCUCCAGAACAAUCGUCACGCGGCCGAGGAGAAACCCCAUCGCGAGCCAGCCGAUGCUCCCCAGCCCAAAAAAAGGGACAGCGAACGCAAUCAUCGAACUGGUGAAUCGGAAUCAAAAACUCACGAGGAGCCAAAAUCUGAGACCAAAAAGCUAAAGAAUUUAUCAGAAUAUGCUCAGACACUGCAACUUGCUUGGAAUGGGCUUCUUGUGCUAAAGAACAGCUGCUUCCCCACCUCUAUGCACAUCCUGGAGGGAGACCUGGGUGUCAUCAACGGACUCCUCAAAGACCAUUCAUCUGGCGGGAAGCUGACGCAGCUCAAAAUCGCUCAGAGACUUCGACUGGACCAGCCCAAGCUGGAUGAAGUCACCCGGCGCAUCAAACAAGGCAGCCCCAACGGCUACGCUGUGCUCCUGGCCACCCAGUCCGCCCCGGCAGGGGCAGGGGCCGAGGGGACCUUCCCUGUGGUAGAGCCUGGCUUGCAGCGACGGCUUCUCAGGAAUCUGGUCUCCUACUUGAAACAGAAGCAGGCUGCUGGGGUUAUCAGCCUGCCCGUGGGAGGGGCGAAGGGCAGGGACAGCACAGGCAUGCUUUACGCGUUCCCUCCUUGCGAGUUCUCUCAGCAGUACCUCCAGUCAGCACUAAGGACAUUGGGGAAGUUAGAAGAAGAACAUAUGGUGAUAGUUAUAGUCAAAGACACUGCCUAGCCCACACUGUCUUUUCAAAAUCCAUGUUUUCUUUGUGUGUCACACAGCCCAGUUGUUUUUAAGGCUGAUCAUUUUGGUUGAGGCUCAAAACACCUUGACCAAAGUGGUAAGAUUUUUAGUUUCUAAUUAAUUUUAAUACCUAUAAUAUCUAUUAAAAUUUUAAAUAGAGCCCAUUUUAUUCGUUUUUAAUAUGUGACACUGUCCGCUGUUGUUCUGUAUUUUUAUUUUUUAACUGUAUGAAAAGUUGUCAGUAAAGCCUUGUUCACUGAUGGAUUUCUAAACUUGUGCGGUAUCCGAGUUCUUCUGGCCCAGGAAGGGUGAGUUCCCUGUGCUGCAGGAGCAGCCAGGCCAGGUGAAGCCCCAGCCCAGUUCUCAGAUCCCAGCUUUGAGCAUCUCCUUCAUCUUUAUGUGUCCUUCAAGGUGGGAGGGGAAGGGAGGUUCUUUCUGCUGUAUCAGAGACUGAAAGGUUGCUUCUCUAUACUUUUAUUUUUUUUGUCCUGUUUGCUUUUUUAUUUCGUAGAUUUGAGUCUGGAUGCUUUGCUGUUGAGUCUCUAUUUGAGAAUAGAAGCUUCCCAGGAAGCCAGCUACCAAGGAAGCAAAUCCUGAUCAAGAAUAAAAGUGUUUUUUGUAAGGACCAAAAAAUUAGUUGAUACUUGGCAAAAAGUUUGCUACUGAGAAGUGGAUCCUGUGUUCAAGUUAGCGAGAUUUGAGACCACCUGGCACAUGUCUCGGUCAUAGAAGUUCUUGGAUAAAACAAAAAAGGUUUGACAUUCCCAAUUUUUCUAAAAGGCAAAACAAGCAGAAGGAAAAAAUGCUUUAAGGAGGAACCCUCUUGUGCCAAUAUUAGAUGUGGACAAGUCAGGGACAUAAGGGUGUUUGGUGAACUGGAAGUGCCAAUUUGCAGUCAAUCAUGUUGUACUACGUGGAAUCCUUUAUUGAAAGACAAAUGGCUAUUUUCUAAAGUUUAAAUUUGCAGGUUUACAAAAAAACCCCAUAUAUGUGUCUGUCUGGCUGAGAAUGUGUUCUGU